CAUUUUAGUCAGUCAAUCGCAGUAAUGUCGCCCAGUCAAGUUUUGCUGAUCUCCGUUUUGCUGGGAGUUUCUCUAAACACCCUUCCAGUUUUUGGCCAAACAACUAUCGAUUGCCAAAGACCCCCGCAGCUUGUGGAUCCUGCUCUUUGCUGCAGAGAUGGAGGUCGCGAUCAGGUGUCAGAGCAGUGCGCACAGCGGAUUCUAGGAGCAGUAAAUGGACAAAAACCCGGAGGUCCACCAUCAUUAGAUACUGCUGCAUGCCUUGCCGAAUGCAUCCUUACAACAUCCAAGUACAUUGAGGAACCUCAAAAACUUAACUUGGACAACAUAAGAAGCGAUCUUUCGGCCAGGUUCUCCAACGAUAGUGUCUAUGUAGAAACAAUGACUAUGGCUUUCUCCAAGUGUGAGCCACAAUCGCAGAGGAGACUGGCCAUGAUCUUACAGCAGCAGUCCCAGCAGCAACAAGGCCAGCAGCAGAAACCAAGAUGCAGUCCCUUCUCAGCCAUAAUGCUCGGUUGCACCUAUAUGGAAUAUUUCAAGAACUGUCCGGAUCAUCGAUGGACUCAGAAUGCCCAGUGUGCCCUAGCCAAAGCCUAUGUUACACAAUGCGGUUUGGGAGCCUAAUUUUUAUUGUUGAGUUAGAAUUGUAUAUAAAAAGUAGGGAAUAAAUUAAAAAUAUACCAUGCUGUUAACAUGCAUUUGUUAAUCAAACUCCCACUACAAAAUUUUUUUUAAGUAAC